AUGGAGAAGUUAGAGCAAGAUUUAGUAGAAAAAUGACCCACAGAAGGAUGCCAUAGGCUGCCUCUGGUCAUAUCUACGCAUGGAGACAACCCCUUGUGCAUUGUAUGUGCCCUUGGUUAUUCUGAUAGCUAUGAAAUCUCCCUGAAUAACUCUCCUGAGGUGAAGAAAGAAUUCCAAGAGAAUGCUUUCAAGCAUAAAGAGCAGUUCCUCAAAAUCUUAUCAGACCUCUAUAGGCUGUUUAAUGCUGAAAUAGCUAGAGGAUUUGAGGCAUCUGAGGAUGAUCAUACAUCCACAGAGAAUCUUUCAGUAGAAGUCGAAUUUCUCAUUGAGCAUCUUAGCAGCCAACUUUAUAAAAAUGAGUUUGAAGACAGUCAAGAGACUAACUGGAAGUUUAUCAGGUCCUGCCUUCGAGAAAUAUCAUACAUUAUUUCUCUCGCAGCUGGUGAACUUCCUGAUACGUAUAAAUCAAGUAAAAUAUCUUCAGAGAUUGUUGAGAAUCUCAAAGCAACAAAGAUUUCAUAUGUUAGCAAGGUCAAUAGUGUUAGCAAGCUUUACCAAGAUUGUUUGCCACAAAAGUUAUUUGUUUCAGAAAUCUCAGAAGAGGUAGCAGACCUUGACUUAUGUGAGAGAGAAAAGGAAGAGAUAACUUAUGACCAGAUUUGUGAGCUCUAUGCCUCUAGCAAUGAAGCUCCUCUAGAUCCUCCAGAGUUCAACCGGGUAACUAUGGAAAUGGAAGUUGAUUUUUCAAUGAGAGUACGUUCUCAACUAAACGUGCUCAGAAAUCUCAAAAAUUUUACACUCCCGAAGCUUAAAGGGAUUAUUGUCACAGCUAUUGGGGAAAAAGAUGAAGAACUGAUAGAAUUUAUUUCUGAUUGAAUAACUCAGAAAAUGGGGCAUUUCCACUUUCGAGCAAGCGAGUUCCCAAGUUUCCAAAACUAUAUGAAAAUCAUCCCAAUGGUAACCAGAAGAGUCAGAAUUGAUUGGUUCACUAUUUAUGUCAACGAUUUUAAUCAAAUCUUCACUGAGUCUUCGCAAUGAAGAGAAGUAAUCAUUGAAAGGUGUAAAAUAAUCCAACUGGGAGGUGAAAAGCUAGAUUUCUCUGUCGAAUCAGUACCUAGACUUGAAGAAAUCAACCUUUAUGAUACUCAAUUUCCUAGAGAUGUCUUUGGAAUGCUAAUCAUUGCUCUGAAAGAAUCCCAGCUUGGCCUUUCGUUGAAGUUGCUUCAGCUGUACAUGAUUGGCGUGCCCAAAGUUCUAGUAAACUCGCUGACUGAAGAAUGCCAAUUUGAAACAAAAUUUUACACUGAUGACUCAACGCAUUACAUCCAGUUUUGAUAACCAUUAUGCA